AUGAAAGUUUUAUAGGCACUUAAAUCAACAAAAUUCCCAUUUGCUUCAUUCACAAACAGAGAUGUCAAAUCAGAUUUUCAAUAGCUUAAACCUCAUUUCGAAACACUUAUACCUGAUCUUUAUUUACAAAAAAGACUUAAAUUACCAUCUGAUAAAAUUAUGAGAUAAAGAAGAAUGAUGAAUUAUCAUAUUGAGUUCGAUAAAGAUGGAAAUAUGACAAGGUUCCAUGAAGAAUAUCGUUUAGACAACUAUGAUGAAACCAAAUGUCUUCAAUAUGCAAAUGUCUAUGAAGAAUUAACUAAAGAGAUGAAACAAGAUUAGAUCUAUAAAGAUUUUCUUUAUAAUACUCUUCAAAUUACUUGGCAAUUAAAAUAAUACAAAAAAGCUUAAAUCUCUGUUCAUGCAGUCAGAACAGUAUAUUUCUUUAUAUUUACAUUAGAUAUCAUAUCCUGAUUAACCUGCUCAAUCUACUCCAGAAGGACCAAAUAGAGAUGGAAAUGAUUUAGAAAUUAUUGGAGUAGUCAAUAAGAUUAACUGUUAAGGUGCUGAUAGCCAAAUAUAUAGUCCUGACAAAACUAAGUUACUAUUUGAAAUGAGUCUCGAACCUGGAGAAGGAUACAUUAUAGAUGAUAAAUCACUCUGGAAUUAUGCCACUUCCCAUAAACCAGUCGAUCAAAGCUAGGUAGGAAUUCGAGAUAUUUUGGGGUUUGUACUUAAAAUUGAUGAAUGAAUAUACACAACCACAAUUAUAUAUAAUAUAAUAACC